AUGUCGGACACUAUGACCAAAAGUGCUCAACCGGCAAAGCAGAAGUUGGAGGAUCUUCUCGACGAAAUAAAAGCGGUGAACUUGACGCCUCCUGAUCAACAUUUAUCGGUGGAUGAAAAGCAGCAGCCAUUUGAACUCAAGAAGACUGUAGAAGAAAAAAUAAGGCGUCUGAAACUCUAUGAUAUGUACAAAGAUGAGUUUGAGCUAAUGGCACAGCGCUUACAACAAUGCAAGAUAAAUAUCGAACCAUUCAAACAAAGGGGCCCCUCUCAAAUGUCUCGUCAGACAGUAAAUUUGCCACAGUUACCACUACUAACAUUCAGUGGUGACCCGAAAUUAUGGAGAAAAUUCCGGGGUAGUUUUGAUGCAGCGGUACAUCUCCAAAAAAUACCCGAUAUUCAAAAAUUAAAUUAUUUGAUCUCAUGUCUCAAAGGAAACGCCCUACAAGCUGUCAAAGGCUAUGAUAUUAGAAACGCCCUACAAGCUGUCAAAGGCUAUGAUAUUACGCCAGGAAACUACGACGUCAUAAGAAAAGUUUUGGUCGAGAAGUUUGGAAACUCAUGUACCAUAAAGAAGUUGUACAAUGAGAGUAGAAAACAACUAUCGAAACUAUGGAAAGAAUACUUUGACAACUUUGAAGCAAUGGGUGAGUGUUUGGAGCAUUCAAGCAUUGAAAUUAUUAUCGAAAGUAGAUUGCCAGUUUGGAUAUUGGACAAAGUCUACCAACAAAAAAAGUACCAGGAAUUCUGGUCGGUCGUUAGAUUCCGAAAAUUCCUGCAAGAACUAGUCCAAAGAAAUGAGAAAAUACAGAGAAGAGACUACGACGUCAUAAGAAAAGUUUUGGUCGAGAAGUUUGGAAACUCAUGUACCAUAAAGAAGUUGUACAAUGAGAGUAGAAAACAACUAUCGAAACUAUGGAAAGAAUACUUUGACAACUUUGAAGCAAUGGGUGAGUGUUUGGAGCAUUCAAGCAUUGAAAUUAUUAUCGAAAGUAGAUUGCCAGUUUGGAUAUUGGACAAAGUCUACCAACAAAAAAAGUACCAGGAAUUCUGGUCGGUCGUUAGAUUCCGAAAAUUCCUGCAAGAACUAGUCCAAAGAAAUGAGAAAAUACAGAGAAGUCAGGCCUCUAGUAGUGGAUACCAACGAAAAUCAAUCGAGUCGAAGUCGAGUCACAACCCACGCAGUGCCAGAGGAGAGACGUCUGCUUUGGCCGCCAUCAGGCAGCCCAAACUAAACGAUAGUAAAAGGAUCACAAACUCAAGAAAAUACCCUGAAAGUAAUAAAAUACGAAGACCUUGUUUAUUUUGCAAAGAGGAUCAUUGGGAAAACAAAUGUCAAGUAUACCGAACAGCAAAUCACCGGUUGGAGCGCUUGAAAACAAUCGGGACGUGUCUGAAUUGCUUACAAAAGGGCCACAUAGCAAAGGAUUGCCGAAAAUUAAAGAAAUUAUGCUUUCAUUGCAAAGGAAGAUAUAUUCAGCGCUAUGCACCAACCACCGCAAAGAUACUAGACCAGAAAAACCGUGAGAAGAGUUGGAGCCAACGCGUCACAAACCCAAAUAUUCCGAAAUUCCAAACGAGAGCGUUGGCACUAUUUGAUUUGGGCCUGCAGCUGUCAUUCAUAUCAACUAAUUUAGCAAAAAGGCUACACAUUCGAGUGGCGGCAGACGAGAGAUUAAGUAUUGCUUCAUUCGGCAAUAAAUUACCGAAGAAAUGCAAUUCAACCAAAGCAGAGUUCUAUAAUGGGAAGAAAAAAUUCAGAAGGGAUAGACGGUUACUGGAAGUAGCUCGAAAUACUUAUUGGCGUCAAAGACUUCUUCAGAAUCAACUGUGGUCAGGCAUAAUUGAGGAAGUUCAUCCUGAUGUGGAUCAAGAGGGUAUAAUUCUCUAUUUACUUCAUUAUGAAGUAAUAUGCCCACACAAACCUAUAACAAAACUCGAGAUGAUCCAUGAUGCUUCGGCGUAUCUCAAAGGAACAAAAAGUUUAAACGAAAUCCUAUAUCGCGGACCUAUCAUGCUUCUAGAUUUAGUAGGAAUACUAUUGCGCUCUCGAAUGAUGAAGAAUGUAAUCAUAGCCGAUGUCGAGAAGACAUUUUUACAAUCGUAA